UCAGCUCUUAACGAGGCACAUCUGUAAGGUUUGCUCUGCCUGGAGGGGGCGGGUGGGAGCUUAGACAGGGAAAACAGGCCCUGGAAGGGGCGGUGAACAGGGCGAGGACUGCUAUGCCCCCGAGAGCGCUGACCACGCAGACAGAUCAGCCAAGCGGGAGACAGCCUCUGGCCUCACUGCCCCUGCAGUUGCAUGGACCAGUGCCCCAGGCUGGAAUGAGACCCUAACUAAAGACAGCUGAUAAGCCAAGCCCCAAAGGGCUGGCUGCAGAAAGACUGCUGAAGAGACAGGCUCUCGGAUUCCCCUCCCUGGCAAGGGAAAGAGAGAGAAAAGGCCCUCCCUUGUUCUGUCUGGAGAGCCCCUCCUGCGCCACAAACAGCGGGAGGAUGUUAUAAAGAACAUGGCCUGGGCUCUGGUGGGGACAAGGUGCUGAGCUCUUUGGCAAGACCGGCUACCUGGUGCCUGCAUGAGAGACCAGCUCUUCUGAACAUCUCCCUUAACCGGGACCUGCAGCAGAAACUUCAACCUGGUAUGUGGACUGGCCACGAGAGGGGCCACAGACCCACUCCGUGCAAUGGGGGGGGGUAACACCAAGUAGGUGGAGGCAUUUGUGGGGAGGUGUAUUUCCUCCUGCCUCCCCUGCUCCCUGGCCUCCUUGAGGGCUAGAAGGACUCACCAGCCAGCCCCCGCCAUCCGUUUCCAUGUCACAGAAGACGGUCAGCGUUCUCCCCGGUUCGGGGUGGAUGAUGUACCAGCCGCUCAGCCCCUCUCCCUGCUCCAGUAGCUCCUUGCAGUUCCUGGCACCUGCUCCUCGGGGGGAACACCAGCUGGACCUGAUGGAAACUCUCUUCUGGAAGAAAAUGGCCUCUCUUCUGUUGCCUGCCCUUUGCCUAUUGAGCGGAGCCGGGGGUACAUCUGGAUGGACGGUCCCUGAUUUUGGCAACGUCUACCACGUCUCAGGGGUUAUCGACUUGCCGUUCGCGGAAAUCCGGGAGCCCUUUGAAGCCUGGUACAACCAGACGGGAGGAAAGAGCCGGAUCCAGUACUACCACGGGCAAGUGGUCACCUUCCAAUACGGGGCAGAGAAGCUGUUUGGUGCCCUGUACAAGAUCACCCCAGAGACCACGGAGCUGGAGCUCAACGUCCGGAAGUGCUUCCGGAUCAGCGGAAAUGUGGGAACCCUAGCAAAGGAUCUAAAGGUGAGUGCAGUAUUUUUUGUGAUCUCGCGACCCCCCUACAAUAGCCUUGUGACCCCCUUUUGGGUCAGGGCCCCCAGUUUGAGAAACGCAACUGUAAUGUCACCUCCCCAGCCCGUGCGGAAGGAGACCUACAGAGGGCAGCUCUGCACCGUGUGGCAGAACGUGUCCUACUGGGGCUGGAAGAAGAACGUCUACACCCUGUGGGUGGCCAGCUCCGCCGACGGCCCCGUGCCCGUCCACUACGAGAUGCGGGGCUUCAACAGCCUGCUGGGCUCCCACUACGACAAGUACGAGCUCGACUACAGCGGCUUCGCCCGCAGCUACCCAGCCGAGGCCUUGGACCUCCCACGCGACAUGGAGUGCAAGUUUCCUCUGGGAGACGGAGCGGAGCAUCGGAUCCUCGCCAACCCCAUGUGGGAUUUCGUGGGCAGGCAGGCGGAUCGAGGCCAUCAGCUGUUCCAUCACUACCGGCGGGAGUACAGGAAGCAGUACGGCAGCGAGAAGGAGCUUGAGCGCAGGGCACAAACCUUCAUUCACAACAUGAGGUACGUCCACUCCAAGAAUCGGGCCAACCUGCCCUACAGGCUGGCGCUGAACCACCUGGCCGACCGCACCCCGGAGGAGAUGGCCGUGCUGCGGGGGCGGCUGCAGGACCAAAGUCCUGACAACGGGCAGCCGUUCCCACGGGCGCCGUACGCUGGGAUCAUCCUGCCGGAGAGUCUGGACUGGAGGCUGUAUGGCGCGGUGACCCCGGUGAAGGACCAGGCUCUGUGCGGCUCCUGCUGGAGCUUUGCUGCUACCGGAGGGUUAGAAGGUGCCCUGUUCCUCAAGACCGGAGGCCUGACCCCCCUGUCUCAGCAAGCCCUGAUCGACUGCUCCUGGGGCUUCGGGAACCACGGCUGCGACGGCGGCCUCCCUUGGCGGGCCUUUAAAUGGGUCAAGAAGCACGGUGGCAUACCAAGCGCUGAGGCCUACGGGCCAUACAGGGGCCAGAACGGAUACUGCCACUACAACUCUACUGAGCUCCUCGCCAACAUCACGGGCUACGUCAACGUCCCGGCCGGCGACGUCACUGCCCUGAGAGCUGCCAUCUUCAAGAACGGCCCCGUGGCCGUCAGCAUCGACGCCUCCCUCAAGUCGUUCAUCUUUUACUCCAACGGCAUCUACUACGAUCCCCAGUGUGGGAAUACCAGCAGGAGCUUGAACCACGCGGUGCUGGCCGUGGGCUACGGGGUCCUGCAAGAGGAGAGCUAUUGGCUCAUCAAAAACUCCUGGUCCACCUUCUGGGGUAACGACGGCUACAUCCUCCUGUCCAUGCAGGACAACAACUGCGGGGUGGCGAGCGCGGCAACGUACCCCGUCCUGGCGUGAUCUCCAGCCGCUCCUGGGUCAGAGGGAAGCGCGCUGGCCUCGAGAUGCUGGUCCUUAGCCGUCUGCGCGUUAUCUGUGCUUGCUUGUGCUCCGGACGGGACCAAGCUAGGCCAUGCCUGAUGCUGCAUGGCCUAGGCACUUGCCGGUUCAUGCUGAGUGCCCUGAAAUCCCAGGGAAGCCAAAUGGGAGCUGAGGGCAACUAGGGUCUCCUCUCGCUGGGGCGGAUUUCAGCCCAGCCCAGGGUGUGCUGCAAUACGAGGUGUGACUGCAAGCCCAGGUCGGCAGACCCGAGCGAAGCCGGAUCUAGCUAGACACAGUCUCGGCGAGCCUUGAUCUAGCGAGAUCAAAGCUGGCUCGAGUAGCACAACCAGUGUCGCCACGGCAGCCUCCCGAGUCCCCUUCCUGGGUACUGACUCCAGCAGCUAGCCUGUGCCGCCGCCCACGCGGCUGCUGUUACUCAAGCUGGCUUUGAUCUAGCUAAAUCAAAGCGAACUGGGUUCUGCCUACAGGUGUGGCAAGCUCCCCUCCUGAGUGCAGCACCCACAUGUGAAGAACCCUUUGCAGAGCUUUGCAGUGCUUUAGGUAUGGAACCAGAGAAGUCAGACCAGCUGCUGUGGGUGGCGGGGAGCCCUCGUUCCGGCUGGGAACUGAAAGGAGGGCUUCUCUGGAUGGUGCUCCGGCCCCUCUUCCCCUCUCUCCCUAUAGUUGGCUAGCAAUCUGGUGAGUUACAGUAACUAGGGCAACUCCCAGGCCUGCAGCUGGCAAAGAGAAACAGCUGAUGCGACUGAUUCUGGUCCUGUCAAUAAACUCGCUGGUAAAGGCA